AAGCCAGUAGCGCAAAAAUAUUGUUGCCAACAGCGACAACAUCUUAAAUACAGUCCCUGAUUAACCUCUGCUUCCGGUUGCUGUAGUAAGACCACAGUCCUACACUGUAGUUCUAGGCAUUCAAAGAGGCACAGAAAUUAUAAGAGAUGAUCUUGGGUACAUGUACUAUAAGAAUAAAGUAACAGAUACUAAAAUUUACUUGUCAUGUUACAAAAAAAAAUUGGAAGGACAGUGCCAUGCAACUGCUCAUAUAUCUCCGGACCGCAACRAUGAUAGGUUGACACUGUCAAAGCGCCAUUGUCAUGAGUUCAACCUCAAUGUUCCACUGCUUCGACAGGAGAUAACUGAGAGAGUUUUAGAAAAAAAAACAAACUUAUAUACUCCACGUGGAAUUUAUAUGCAAGCAAUUGCAAACUUUCCAGAGGCUGCAGAGAACUAUACAUUUGUACAGAGUGUAGAGAGGAUGCGGCGUUUAAGACGUACGUUUUUCCCUCAGACACCACGAAACAUGGCAAACUUGCACGAUUUGUUGACGGCUGUAGAUAAUGAAUGUUUUGCCAUGACACUACAGAAUCCUCCUAACAGGUUUUAUCAAGGUCCAUUGCGAUAGAGGGAACCGUGAGUGGAGUGAUUUUUUGUAAUGUAGCCAAUAUAAAUGCAAUUGCACCCGAUUUGAGAAAUGUCYGAGUAGCAGGAUGCGAUGGCACAUUUAAAACUGUACCAAAAUUUUUAGAAAAUGACGCCUAUCAGUUAUUUUCUUUU